GCUAAAAUUGCAGAUUUCUCACUAUGUAAGUUCAACUAAACGGCAUCGUUCCCCUUUGUUUCAGCCCCUCCACUUUAUUAUUAUUAUUUAUAUCAAAUCUUUCACCGUUUUGGUAAAGUUUCAAUCAAUUUCUCUCCCCUCUUUCUCUCUGCAUCUCAUAGACACAAUCCUAUCUCUUCUUCACCGGCCGGGAAAGGUCGUUGCCUAAUUACAUCUCUAAAGUCCUCCUAAUUGCUGGAUCUGACGGUGUUGGAUUUUGGCUUCGUUCGAUAAUAACUUGCAUAUGGAACCAACGACAUGCAGCGAUUGGUCGGCUCUGCCACCGGAUCUGGUGGAGGAGAUUGCCACACGCUUAACAGAUCUGGAAGAUUUCAUAGCGUUUAGAGGAGUUUGUGCUGCAUGGCGAGUAGCCACCAAGGAUUCAUGCCCUAGGGUCCCGUUACUGAUGUUGCCAGAAAAAAGACAAAAUGAUGAACGCGAGUUUUACAGCCUAUCGGAAAGAAAAGUUUCCAUGAGAUUAUCCCUCCCCGAAGCCAAAGGUAAACUUUGCGUGGAAGCCGGAUUCGGAUGGCUGUUAACCCUCUCUCUAGAUUCCGGAGAUGUUACUUUGUUGAACCCUUUCUCGCGUGCUCAGAUCCAACUCCCCAAUGCUGUAACCUUUACCUUUCCCGAGCAUCUUGAUCAUAAAGAACCGAAUCUAUAUAACUUUGCACGGAAAGCAGUAUUGUCAGAAAAUCCAUCAAAAUUAUCGGCGGAUUUUAUUUUACUUGUCAUCCACGGUACUAUACAUGCAGACAUAGGGAUUCUAUGCUUCUGGCGACCUGGAGAUACAACUUGGACCCAACUAGAAUCACGAAAAGGUAUACAUUGGCGCAAAUUGGGUUACUAUAAAGGUACAUUCCGAGAUGUGAAUUAUCUCAACGGAAAAUUUUACGCAAUUAAUGUUUUGGGACAUAUUUGGGCUUGGGAUGGUGAUCGUCACAGACCACCAACUUGGAUUUGGGAUGGUUAUAAACCACCAGAACCCAAGGUCCACGCAUGUUACAAACCCAUAGAUUGCGACCGCCGCGUCAACCUAUAUGGAGAUUUAUAUUUAGCGAAAUCGUCAUCAUCGUCGUUCAACGGCAGCAAAAGAGGUGGUGAUUUGUUAGUGAUUAGGCGCAAAAUCGUUCAUUGUGAUCACAUGCCCGACAAUUGGACUUGGAAUUUUAAUAUAUACCGAUUGGAUAUGACGAGAGGCGGCGGUUGGGAAGACGAGAUCACCAGUUUAGGAGGCGAUGCUAUAUUUGUCGGAGAUAAUACAACCAUUUCGAUUCCAUAUGCCGAGACUAAAAGGAGCGGAAUUAAGGGAGAUUGUAUAUAUUUUAGUUAUACCGCUUUGGAUCACUUCACUGAAGAGGAGAUUAGUAAGAGUCGUAUGGGGAUUUAUAAUAUUAACGAUGGAAGUAUGGAGCCUAUUCUUGAUGAGGUUCAAGUCACCAGUGAUUUUAUUGAGUGCCCACCAUUGUGGGUUAAUUCCCCCAUCUUUCUCUGAUGUUAGCUGUGGAGUUAGAGGGAGACCGGCCCAUAUAUAGAAUUUGGUGACAAUAUAUAAUUAAGUUGUUUAGCCUAAUCGACUUGAGUAUUAUCCAAAUUGUACAUAUAUAGUUUCCAACGAAUUUCAAAUGUGU